UUGAAAAAUGAAAAAGUUAACCAUUCCGAGAAAUACUAAUUUUCUGUCACUCAGCAUUCAAACAAAACGUGUGAAGUAAAACUUGCGUGAAAAUUUUACCUGCAUUUAUAAACUGGUCUGGAAAAAAGACAAAGAAAGAUGUCGCGACCCAGCACUGCAUCUCCAAGACCUGGAAAAGGUCAUUCUGAUCAAACUACUUCCACAAAAGCUAAGGGGCUGAAGGAUAUCCGGGUUGAUGAAGAAGUCAAGAUAGCUGUAAACAUUGCAUUGGAGAGGUUCCGAUAUAGUGACCAAAAAGAAAUGGAAUUUCCAUCUUCCCUGACUAGCACAGAGAGGGCAUUUAUACACAGACAUGCACAGUCCUUUGGUCUAAUUUCUAAAAGUAAGGGAAAAGGAGCAAACCGAUUUUUGACUUUAAAGAAAAAAGAUGGUUCAGAACUACCCCAUACUGCGAUGACUUGCAGCUUUACGCAGAACACAAAACAAACUAUUCGUAGUCUAAUUCAGAGGUUUCCUGUGACUAACAAAGAACGUAUAGAUCUCCUUCCAAAAACUGAGAGAGGAGCUGGAUUGACUGUGGAAGCUGAGAACACCCGUGAGAUGAACAGGACCAGUGGACGGCUCAAUAAUGGCAUUCCUCAGAUUCCACCUAGACGGGGUAUUUCUGAAUUUGAUUCCUUUCGGCAGUCACUACCAGUAUUUGACAAGCAGCCUGAGAUUGUGAAGACAAUCAAAGAAAACCGCGUGACCUUAAUUAUAGGGGAGACUGGUUCAGGGAAGACUACUCAGAUUCCUCAGUUUCUUUUAGAUGACAGUAACAGGAAUGGGAUCCCAUGCCGUAUAUUUUGCACCCAGCCCAGACGUCUGGCAGCCAUAGCUGUGGCUGAAAGAGUUGCUGCAGAGAGAGGAGAGAAGAUUGGCCAGACAGUUGGGUAUCAAAUCCGUCUCGAAAGCAAAAUAAGUAUUGUUAAAGGGCAGGCCAUUAGAAUUGCUCGGAUGACUUCUCAUAAAGAAGAUGAUGGUCAAGAAUUUAAAGGUUUAACCAACAUGUUUGCAGAGAGAGGUUAUCCCACAGAGUUAGUGGAAAAUAUUUUGCAAGAAAUUCUGGAUCAACAGCAGGAUCAUUCUGAUCCUCCUCAAAGAUCUUCUGAAUUUCGGUUUCAUAAAUCAACAUUUAAUCCUCCAGUGGACAAACAUGUGGCUAUUUUUCAACAGGCAGUUAUCAAAGAUUUACAUUUUCAUUUCAGAUCAGAUUACAAUAUCAAGCAUAAUUUAUCCAUAUCUGAACAACUUGCCCUAACACAUCUUAAGAAUAAUACUGAUAUAGUCAUUCUCUCUGCUGAUAAGGGGGGUGCGGUUGUAGUCAUGGAUGCUGAUUAUUAUUGGGAUGAAGGAAAUAGACAGCUGUCUAACCAUCAUCAUUACAUGAAAAUGAGUACCGACCCUACACCUAACUUCAAAAGGGAAAUAGAUGACUUUUUACAGGAGGCUGUGGAGGCUGGCAUUAUUUCUGAUAAGAUUAAAUCACAUUUGAUAGUCAAAGAUCCAGCUAAACAAUAUCUAUAUUUACUACCGAAAAUCCACAAAUCUCUACAUAAACCGCCAGGCAGACCUAUUGUGUCUGGGAUUGGAUCACUUACAGAACCACUUUCUGUUUUUUUAACUGAAAAACUGAAACCCCUUCUAUCUUUAAUUAGAGCCAGACUUCAUGACACUACUGAAUUUUUGCAAAUUGUCUCUGAAUCAGAAUUGGAGCCAGAUUGGCUAAUGUGUACCUUAGAUGUUAAGUCUCUAUAUACUAGUAUUCUACACUGGGCAGGAUUAGCAGCUUUGGAUUUUUGGUUAAACAAAGCUAAUAUUUAUUCCCCAGGAUUUAAUACAUUACUUAUUUGCAUGGCUGAACACAUCCUUACCAAGAAUGUUUUUUACUUCAAACAAGAUUGCUAUUGGCAAAUACAGGGAACGGCAAUGGGUGCCUCAUUUGCACCCAUUUAUGCUGACCUUUAUAUGGGUUAUGUGGAGGAACACAUCAUCUAUGAUGAGUUGCACAAUAUAUACAUACCAGAGAUUGAUAUCUGGAGAAGAUAUUUGGACGACUGUUGGCUAGUGUGGAAAGGUGGCAGUGAUUAUCUUCAAGAAUUUGUUGAACAUCUUAAUGGAAACAUUUGGGGUACAGAAUUUACGGUGUACUAUCAUCAUAAUGAAAUACAUUUCUUGGAUGUCUUUUUACAGCGCCAACCAGACAAUACACUAAAAACUUCUGUAUAUCGAAAAUUUCCCGAAUUUAAUACCUUGCUCCAUGCCAACAGUGUACAUCCAAAACAUACAAUUAAUAACAUUCCUAAAUCACAGUUUUUGUGGCUCAAAAGGAUAUGUUCCUCUGAGCAAGAUUUAAAACAACAUCAUGGUGACUUAGCCAAUAGGUUUCUCACUAGAGGAUAUUCCAGACAUACUAUCAGUUCUGCCAUGCAAUGGAGCAGAAACCAAUCUAGGGAUUCACUACUGGAAUAUAAAGAACAUCAAAAACAGACAAAUCAAGAAACUUGCAGAUUUGUUACUACCUAUGGUAGAAAUACUAAACAUCUUCUUAAUAUUAUAGAUAAACAUUGGAACAUACUGAAGUCUCAUUCCCUCUUAGAGGACUAUUUGGGGGAGCAGUGCUCAUUUUCAUACAGAAAGGGGAAAACGCUGGGAUCUCAUUUCUCACAUAAGAAAAUCAACUCUAGGGAUGAAACUUUAUCCCAAAGAACAUUAACAGAUUGGAUUGCUAAAGUUAGCAAGCAGCAGGAUCUUGACCUCAUGGGUCAUUUUCAGACUUACUGUGAUAAAUGGAAUGCGUCUGGUAAACUGCAUGCUGACACCACUGGAUGUACAAAAGAAUUUUCUCAGUUUUUGAAAGUCUCACAGACUGAAAUUAAGACUUUUACACAAACUGUUAUUGGACAGGGCAGUAAGGCUAUUGGUAUGAUAGAAGGGUCAAUGAGUAAAAUUGUCCAUUUGCAAGAAAAAUAUGACAAGCAGCUGGCAGACGCACAGCAUGACGUAAUUGUUGCUAGGGAGGAAAUAAAAACAUUACGAGCUCAGUUGGAGACGCAGGAAUCUGAGGCUGCUAGAGUAACAGAGUUAGCUAAUCAAGAUCUUUUAAGAUUACAAGCCCUGAUGUCACCUCACAAGUCUUCUGUUUUCCUUAUUUUACAGGAUGAAGUUCAUGAACGUGACCGUUUCAGUGAUUUUUUGUUAAUUAAACUUCGCGAUGUCCUGCAGAAGCAUUCUUCUUUGAAGCUGAUACUUUCCAGUGCUGCUUUAGAUGUCAAUUUGUUUAUGAGAUACUUUAGUGGUUGUCCUAUCACUUACAUUCCAGGAAAACCAUUUGAAGUGAAAGAACUUUUCCUUGAGGAUAUUUUACGUACAACAAAUUACAUGAACAAAGAUAUGUUGAAGUAUAGAAAAGAAAAACAGAAAGAAGAAAAACAGCAGAACACACUCAGCGAGUGGUACAAAGCCCAGGACAGUAAUUCUAAGCUUGAGCCCCAGAGACAAAGAACUGUGUCCUACAUUACAGAAGACUAUGACCUUUUGGAUGAGGGAAGUGAUGGCGUGUUCAAUCAUUUGACUGAAAAAGAUGCAAGUUCUCUUGAACCCUGGCUGAUAAAAGAAAUGGAUGCCUGUCUGUCAGACAUUUGGUUGCAGAUGGACGUGGAGGCCUUUGCUCAGUUAUUUCAUCUGAUUUCAAGUGAAAAUGUUAGUGUUGACUAUAGACACAGUGAGACUAGUGCCACUCCGUUGAUGGUUGCUGCUGGCAGAGGGUUCAUGAGCCAAGUGGAACAGCUCAUUAGUAUGGGAGCCAGUGUCCAUAUAAAAGCAUCAAAUGGCUGGACAGCUUUAGACUGGGCAAGACAUUUUGGACAAACCGAGACUGUAGAUUUGUUGCAGUCUUUCACUGCUUCUUUGGAGACUGGGAAUUUGGAUGAGAGCUCUCUGGUUCAGAAAAGUGGGGGUGAUUUGAGUACAGAGGACCGUGAACUUCUGAAGGUGUAUCAUCACAGCUUUGAUGAUGAAAAAGUUGACUUGGAUCUGAUCAUGCACCUUCUUUACAGUAUUUGUUACAGUUCUGAGGAAGGGGCUGUUUUAAUUUUCCUUCCUGGAUAUGAUGAAAUUGUUGGACUGAGAGACCGCAUUUUGUUUGAUGAUAAGCGCUUUGCUGACAAUUCUCAUAGAUUUCAGAUAUUUAUGCUUCAUUCAAAUAUGCAGACCUCCGACCAAAAGAAGGUGCUGAAAACCCCACCUUCAGGCAUUCGCAAAAUUAUUCUUUCCACCAACAUUGCAGAAACCAGUAUAACUGUAAAUGAUGUUGUCUUUGUUAUUGAUGCUGGGAAGGUAAAAGAGAAAUCAUUUGAUGCGUUGAGCCAUGUUACAAUGCUUAAAAUGGUGUGGAUUUCAAAAGCAAGUGCAAUUCAGAGGAAAGGAAGAGCUGGCCGCUGUCGCCCUGGAAUCUGUUUUCAUUUAUUUAGCAGGUUACGCUUCCAAAACAUGCUUGAAUUUCAGACACCAGAACUUUUGAGGAUGCCUUUACAGGAAUUAUGCUUGCACACAAAGCUUCUUUCACCAUCUAAUUGCACAAUUGCGGACUUCUUGGCUAAAGCUCCAGAACCUCCACCAGCUCUGAUUGUUAGAAAUGCUGUGCAAACACUCAAGACCAUAGAUGCUAUGGAUGCUUGGGAAGACCUUACAGAACUUGGCUGUCACCUAGCUGACCUACCAGUAGAACCUCACCUUGGAAAAAUGGUGCUGUGUGCAGUAGUUCUAAAAUGUCUUGAUCCAAUUCUGACCAUUGCAUGCACUUUAGCGUACAGGGAUCCAUUUGUUCUACCUGCACAAGCUUCUCAGAAAAGGGCAGCAAUGCUUUGCCGAAAACGGUUUACUGCUGGGACAUUUAGUGACCACAUGGCUCUCCUUAGAGCUUUCCAGGCAUGGCAGAAAGCACGCAGUGAUGGUUGGGAGAGGGCUUUCUGUGAAAAGAACUUCCUGUCCCAGGCUACAUUAGAGAUCAUUAUUGGAAUGCGUACACAGCUACUGGGACAGCUUCGGGCAUCAGGUUUUGUGAGAGCUAGAGGAGAUGGUGAUAUCCGUGAUGUGAAUACAAACUCUGAAAACUGGGCUGUGGUUAAAGCUGCAUUAGUGGCCGGAAUGUACCCAAAUGUAAUACAUGUGGACAGGCAUAAUGUAAUGUUAGUGGGUUCAAAGGAGAAGAAAGUUCGAAUUCACCCUACAUCUGUUCUCAGUCAGCCACAGUAUAAAAAGAUUCCACCAGCAAAUGGACAGGCUGCAGCUGUUCAGGCUUUGCCUACAGACUGGAUUAUAUAUGAUGAAAUGACUCGUGCACAUAGGAUUUCUAGUAUUCGAUGUUGCUCUGCAGUGACACCUGUCACAGUAGCUUUGUUUUCUGGGCCUGCAAGACUGCCAAGCAGUGCUUUACAGGAGCCUUCAUCCCUUAGAGUUGAUGGUACUCCAAAUGAAAGCAGUGACAGCGAGAUGGAAGAUCAGUCUACUGCUAAUCUGGCAGUAUUAAAACUGGAUGAGUGGCUUAAUUUCAAACUGGAUCCUGAGGUUAGCGCUUUAUUGUUACAGCUAAGGCAGAAGUGGCAUAGUUUGUUCCUGCGGAGAAUUAAGGCCCCGUCUAAGUCAUGGUCCCAAGCUGAUGAAGCAACCUUAUGGGCAGUUAUAACAGUUAUGAGCACAGAAGAACAAGCAGCAGGUCUACAACAACCUUCUGGUAUUGGUCAGAGGCCAAAACCUAUGGCUUCUGAGGAACUCCCCAUGACAUCUUCAUGGAAGUUGAACAAUAGUAGAAAAAGUUCUUCAGAAGCUGAAUUCUCUGAUGACUGUUCUAGCAUGGAAAGGACUUCUGUAAAGUCUCCAUCUCCUGCAUAUCACCAGCAGCCACAGCUACUGAGAUACAAAGAAAGAAGCAUUUUGCAUCCUAAAAGAAGUACCGACGAUAGGUCUGAUCAGUCAUCUGUGAAAUCAACAGACAGCAGCAACUACCCUAGCCCAUGUGCCAGUCCGUCUCUUCCAUCUUCUGGUAAGGGUUCCAAGUCGCCAUCUCCAAGACCAAAUAUGCCAGUGCGUUAUUUCAUUAUGAAGAGCAGUAAUUUACGAAAUCUUGAAAUUUCCCAGCAAAAGAGUAUUUGGUCAACAACUCCUAGUAAUGAGCGCAAGUUAAACCGAGCAUUCACUGAGAGUAGUGUUGUCUACCUGAUAUUUUCUGUGCAGGGUUCAGGACAUUUUCAGGGCUUUGCUAGAAUGUCAUCUGAAAUUGGGCGUGAAAGAAGCCAGGACUGGGGUUCCACAGGCUUGGGAGGAGUGUUCAAAAUAGAGUGGAUUCGGAGAGAGAGCCUGCCUUUUCAGUAUGCUCAUCACCUGCUCAAUCCUUGGAAUGACAACAAGAAAGUACAAAUAAGCAGAGAUGGACAGGAGUUGGAACCACAAGUUGGGGAACAUUUGCUGCAACUUUGGAUGUGUUUUAUCUACAAAGUGUCUUGCCGGAAGAACUGUCCAGAACUUUCUGAUGCUUACGAAGGGACACUGCAUAUACGUUUAGAAGUUGUUAAAAGGCUAGCAUUCACUAGCUGCUUACAAGCCUAG